CCGGCCAGCCCGCGGGGACCGGGGCUGCAGCCGCAGGAGCCGCUCGCUCGCUCCCUUGGCGGGGCGGGGAGGGAGGGAAAGUUUGCUGCUCUUCUUCUUCUUCCUCAUCAUCCUCCUCCUCCUCCUUCUUCUCCCCCACCACACGCAGACCCCGCGGCCCGGCGCGGCGACCCCGGGCAGGGGCAUGGCGAACUGAGCGGUCGGGCCGGGCCGGGGGGCGGCCCCGCCGCACCUGAGCGGCGGCGGGGAGGUGGGCUUGCACCGCGGCCAUGCGCGGCGGCGGGGGCGAGCGCUGAGCCCCACCGGCCUGGCUACCCCCCGCCGGCCCGGGCGAUAGCCGCCGCGGGGGGGUGGGGGGAAGGGGGGCUGGAGGGCGGCGGGGAGCCCCCCGGGGAGAGGGGGAAGCAGGGACCUCGCCUGCCUCCGCCCGGCCGAGCGCCAUGCCGCGGCGGCUGGCCUGGCUGUGCUGCUGCUGGGCGCUGCUGAGCGGCGCCUGCCGCCCCGCCGAGCCCGCGAUGCCCGCCGAGGGCGGGGAGCCGCCGCCGCCCGCUGCCGCCGCCGCCGCCGCCUCGGGCUUCCUCUACCGGCGUCUGAAGUCGCACGAGAAGCGGGAGAUGCAGCGGGAGAUCCUCUCGGUGCUGGGGCUGCCCCACCGCCCCCGGCCGCUGCCGCGGGAGCCGCCGGCCCCGCCGCCGGGGAGGCUGACGGCGGCUCCGCGCUUCAUGCUGGACCUCUACCACGCCCUGGCCGAGGGCGCGGAGGGCAGCGCGGGCGCGGAGCCCAGCGGCCGCCCGCCGCCCCCCGCCCCGCCGCCGCCGCUGCCCAGCUCGCAGGACAGCGCCUUCCUCAACGACGCCGACAUGGUCAUGAGCUUCGUCAACCUGGUUGAGUAUGACAAGGAGUUCACGCCUCACCAGCGGCACCACAAGGAGUUCAAGUUUAAUUUGUCUCAGAUUCCUGAGGGCGAGGCCGUCACAGCCGCUGAGUUUCGGAUCUACAAGGACUGCGUGGCGGGGAGCUUUAAAAACCAAACUUUCCUUAUCAGCAUCUACCAAGUGCUGCAGGAACAUCAGAACAGGGCCUCUGACUUGUUCCUGCUGGACACGCGGGCGGUAUGGGCCUCGGAGGAGGGCUGGCUGGAGUUUGACGUCACCGCCACCAGUAACAUGUGGGUGAUGAACCCUCAGCACAACAUGGGACUGCAGCUGAGCGUGGUGACCCGGGAUGGUUUCAGCGUAAAUCCUAGAGAAGCAGGCCUUAUAGGCCGAGAUGGCCCUUACGACAAACAGCCUUUCAUGGUGGCCUUCUUCAAAGUGAGUGAAGUCCAUGUUCGGACCACUAGGUCGGCAACGAGCAGGCGCAGGCAACAGAGUCGCAACCGCUCCACUCAGGCUCAGGAUGUUUCCAGGGUGUCUAGUGUCACAGAUUACAACAGCAGUGACUUAAAAACAGCGUGCAGAAAGCAUGAGCUUUACGUUAGCUUCCAAGACUUGGGAUGGCAGGACUGGAUAAUCGCUCCAAAGGGCUACGCAGCCAACUACUGUGAUGGGGAGUGCUCAUUCCCACUCAAUGCCCAUAUGAACGCAACCAAUCAUGCCAUUGUACAAACUCUGGUUCAUCUUAUGAAUCCUGAUUACGUUCCCAAACCCUGCUGUGCACCUACCAAACUAAAUGCCAUAUCUGUUCUUUAUUUCGAUGAUAAUUCUAACGUAAUCUUGAAGAAAUACAGGAAUAUGGUAGUAAGAGCUUGUGGAUGUCACUGACAAACAGUCUGCACACGGACUCUGUGAUACUACCAUGAACUUCCAUACUGCCUUCCAUGCUUUCACCAACUACCUGACCUUGGAGAAAAAGAAAUAAGUGAUGACCCACCUUUCAGGACACCACGUAUGUGCCUUGUGGGAGGAGAGGGUGUGGGGAGCACAUGCUGGGGACCAAGCAAACCCCGGGAUUUCUCACAGACUGACCCUGUGCCACAGAGGCUGCUCAGCCCUGCAGAGCCAGGGCGCGCAAAGCAGCAAUAUGCCCCCACACGCUUUAUUUAGCUGGGACAGUCUUAAUCUCACAUAGCAGCUUGGCCUUAGCAGUUGCUCGGAUGUGUGCUGCAGUUUUACCAGAUGGGCACCCAACAAAAGUGAGGGUUUUUU